CUACUAAGAAGCAUCGAUCCAUGGGGUCUGAGGAGUGGGUGAGCCGCCUGAGGGCAUUUGCCUCUUCUGGCACUUGGCCCUCCAGUGCAGGGAACAGGCCAUCUCCAAAACAGGCCAAGUGGCACAACCUCUACCAGAAGAUUGAGAAGUGUCCCAUGAUGCUGCGUGGGCAGACCUUAAUGUUAGGGAUAGCCCAGACAUGUACCUGUGGCUUUCACUCCCAGCAGUCUGUGAGAAGCCCUGCAGCUACCUCUGCCUCCACCUCUGCUGCGCCUGCACGGAGCCCUGGGAGGCCUGCAUUGACGCUGGCGAUGUUUGAGAAAGCGCGGUUUGGUGGGACUUUGUCUGCUGCAGCCAAGCCGAAUGUCAAUCUGACCAGGAGGCCUGUUGAGCGUCCCUCCAGCCCUGCCACUGUCCCGUCUGGGAGAAGCACUCCAUCCGCUACCCCACCUCGAGUGACGCCCCCUUCCAGUCCCAGAUUCUACAGGCCUGUCUCCCCUUUCUCUCUGCCUCCAUCCAGCCCCAUCAUGUCGGCGGCGAGGACCAGCUCUUCUCCUCUGUUCUGGCUGCCGGUGGAAAUGAGGAAGACCAUUCCCCAGCAGGACCAGCGCUGGAUUGCAUCCACGCUGUGGAGGAACCAGCGGCUGCGACCGGACGUCCAGCUCUGGUGA